CCAACCACACAGACACAGUCUUUUUUAGGUCUCGAGGAUGGGGAGGUUCCGGGAUAACAAGUAUAAUAAACCUGGUUUGAUGUUGUUUGGUGAUGAAAUAUCACAUAAACAUCAACAACGACGAGACGAAGAAGGCGAAAGUGAUCAACAACAUUAUUACCAACGACCUAAGCAAGUUAGAAUGGAAUCGAUUGAAGCCCUAGUUGCGAAUAUAAUAGGUUUAUCAGAUGGUAAAACAACACAACUUCAUACCCUAUUGAAACAAUCUGAAGAUUCUAUUCAGAAUAUGGCUUCUCAGUUAGGUCAAUCUUUCGAUCAACUAGAUCCCGAGAAGCAUUCUCUUGGUUAUCUAUUCUUACUGGAAGCAUAUCUUUCAACUCCAGCAGCAAAAGAGCAAGCUGAGCUUAUUCCAUCUGUUGCUCGGUUUAUCAAUUCUUGUACGGCAGAGCAGAUACGACUGGAACCUAGAAAAUUUACUCACAUUUGCAAGACUUUCACGGAUGUAGUUGUGCAGCGCCAAGUGCCGAUAAUGGGGGUAGCUCCCCUACGAAUUGCACUUCGGAAGCUCCAGCCUUCUUCUGAACACUUAACAGCUUUACAUUCAGAGUUUCUUCUUGUUUGCUUGCUCGCAAAGUGCUACAAAACUGGUUAUAGCAUAUUGAAGGACGAUAUCUUUGAGGUUGAUCAGCCAAGAAACCUCUUCCUCUACUGUUAUUAUGGGGGGAUGAUAUGCAUUGGCCAAAAGCAAUUCCGCAGAGCCAUUCAACUCCUACACAGUGUCGUUACAGCACCAAUGCAAUCUCUAAAUUGUAUAGCUGUUGAAGCAUACAAAAAGUACAUUUUGGUUAAUCUCAUUCAGAACGGACAGUUUUCUGCUACUUUCCCCAAGUAUGCUUCUUCAGCUGCGCAGAGGAGUCUAAAACACUUCAGUCAGCCUUACCUUGAUUUGGCAACCAGUUAUGGCACUGGGAAAAUUGCCGAGUUAGAGAGUUGUGUGGCAACACAUAGGGAGAAGUUUGAAUCUGACACCAAUCUUGGACUGGUGAAUCAGGUUGUAACGUCUCUGUACAAGCGUAACAUCCAGAGGCUGACUCAGACAUAUCUAACUCUGUCUCUUCAAGACAUAGCCAACACUGUCCAGCUGAAUACACCAAAGGAGGCUGAGAUGCGUGUUCUUCAAAUGAUUGAAGAUGGUGAGAUAUUUGCAACCAUAAACCAGAAGGAUGGAAUGGUCGGCUUCCUUGAGGAUCCAGAACAAUAUAGAAGUUGUGAGAUGAUUGAGAGUAUUGAUACCUCAAUUCAGAGGAUUAUGUUGUUGUCAAAGAAGCUGAAUUCCGUGCAUGAAGUUAUAUCAUGUGACCCUGCUUACCUAGGAAAGGCUGAGAGACAUCGUAAUCAGAGAUUUGAAAUGGACGACUUUGAUAAUGUGCCCCAGAGAUUCAACAUGUGAAAAAAGCAGUACAUUGUGCACAGUAUAUUUUGAAUCCUCAAUGAUAGAUGCCGAUGCUAAAUCAAUUCCAUUGGUUUUGUCUAGUGUUUUAAAUCAAUUCCAUUGGUUUUGUCUAGUGUUUUCAUUUUUUAGUGAGCGAGAGAAUAGAUAGAGAUGGAAUGGCAACUUAGGAUAUGUAUGAACGCGUGAUUAUGGUUAAAACGUGACAGUAUCAGAUUACUUUUAGAAUUUCAUAGUUCAAAACUGGCCUUCAGGUGGGAGCACAGUAUCUUUUUUCUUUCUUAAUCUGCAUAUGUUUCAGAUACUAGCUUGCUUGAGAUGCAUAUUUUUCAGAUA